CUAGAAUAUGAUUGGCCACUGUCCUCUUCUGCCUUUUCGUGAUUGGUCAGAAUUUGUGUCCAUCAACUAUAAUGCGCCAAGAGAAGUUUACAACCGUGCACACGUGAAGUACCCGAGUCAGAUGUUGAGAGGAUGCAAAAGUCACUUGUCAUCUUUCAAAAAAGAAACGAAUAAAAUAAAGCCAUACGCUGAUUUGCUGCAACGGGUUUCGAACAUAACUUUACGCAGCAAGUAUUUUGCAGCGGUGUGGAUGAACUCGUCGAUGUCUUCAUGGCAACGAGACGACUCGAUGAUGCGCGCUUAGCAUGGCGGUGGCCCCCGCAGCGACCACCCAGGGGUGGCGCACGCCGGUGAACCGGACGCGCCAGUCCCGGAGAGUGGCGCUUAUGCUGGGCUCUCUGCUCAUCUCUCUCCUCCUGAUACUCCACUGCCUGGCCGCACCGCUGCGAGCCACCUCCCGCCGGGCAGCUGCGGAGGAGCCGGAGCCCGACUCCUGGAGGACGGCUGAGUGGAGAGGCGCGGAGGGAGCGGCGGGGUACGUGAGCUUCAGGGGCUUCUUGCGGGGUCUCGCGGACGAUCGAGGCGGCCUCUCCGUUCUGGAUGCAUCGGAGAAGAUGGAGAAGGCUGCCGGCAUCUUACCGGCGGUGGGCCAAGUGGUGGCCGGCCGGAGAGCAUCACCGAGGCUCGCGGGUAGACUCAGCCCGCUCGGCGAGGGCGACAAGAAACUGCCCCAGGCGCUCAUCGUCGGCGUUAAGAAGGGAGGCACCCGGGCUCUGCUGGAGUUUCUGCGCGUCCAUCCGGACAUCAGGGCCCUUGGAGCAGAACCGCACUUCUUUGACCGCAACUAUGACAACGGUCUAAAGUGGUACAGGGAUCUGAUGCCCAAGACCUUGGAGGGCCAGAUCACCAUGGAGAAGACCCCCAGCUACUUCGUGACCAAAGAAGCGCCCGCCCGGAUCUCGGCCAUGUCGCGGGAGACCAAGCUGAUCGUGGUGGUGCGGGAUCCGGUCACCCGGGCCAUCUCGGACUACACUCAGACGCUGUCCAAGAAGCCCGACAUUCCGUCCUUCGAGAGCCUCACCUUCAAGAACAGGACUACGGGGCUCAUCGACACGUCGUGGAGCGCCAUCCAGAUCGGCAUCUACGCCAAGCACCUGGACAACUGGCUGCAGUACUUCCCCAUGGAGCAGAUCCUGUUUGUGAGCGGCGAGCGGCUCAUCAGCGACCCGGCCGGCGAGCUGGGACGCGUUCAGGACUUCCUGGGCCUCAAGCGCAUCAUCACUGACAAACAUUUCUACUUCAACCAGACCAAGGGGUUCCCGUGCCUAAAGAAGGCGGAGGGCAGCAGCAAGCCCCACUGCUUGGGCAAAACCAAAGGGCGCACCCACCCAGACAUCCGCCCAGAGGUGGUGCGCCGCCUCAGAGACUUCUACCGGCCCUUCAACAUGAAGUUCUACCAGAUGACUGCGCACAACUUUGGCUGGGAUGACUGAAUGUGGCGAACGACGACAUGCCGAAUAUCAGGGAGAAAGUUCCGUUUUUUUUUUUUUAAUUCUUAUUUCCCCUCUUCCACCAAUGAAUCGGCUAAAGCUAAAUUUGCAUCUUUACAUUUUGCUUUCUUUGAAAUGUCAGUUGAAAUUAAGCAAUAGAAAAAAAAACAACGUCUGUCAACUCAAUAUUUGAAUUUGAUGAACUUUGACAUUCCCUGGAACCUGAUUUAAAAUGAAUAGCUGCAUAUACAUACAAUAUAGAUAAUUAAUGUCACUAAAUGUAAAGAGAAAUAUGUGACCAGGUCUAAUAAAUAUAAUGCACAUACAGAAAAAUAGGAAUAAUUUUAAAAAAUAUAUAUUAAAAAUAUAUAAAAAAUAUAUAUUAAUAUUUGAUAAUAAUACUGAGGAAGGAUGAUAUAUUUUAUUAGUAGAACUAAAAUGUGCUUUCCACAGAUUUUGCAUUUACAGACAAAUCCUGCCAGUGAUUAUCAAAGGCAACAUUUCUAUUUUCUUUUUUGGUUCGAAACAACAAGAUGAAAGUGAUCAGCAGUACUCAAAAUGAGAAAUAUUGAAAAUUUAGUUAUUAUCUUUUGUCAACACCAAAAAAAUGCAACGUUCAAUCAAGAAACUACAUCGCAACUUGAAACUUUGACGUGUGUGACUUUAAAUCACAAAUUCAGCAUUUUAACUGAAUUUUUUGGGGGCUUUGAUGCAAAAAAUGUCAAAAAAAAAUUUGUUUCAUUUUGUUUUUUUCCCCUUUAAAGCUAGAAGCGAUCCCUUCAAAUAUGCAAAGUGUGAUAUUGUGUUUCUGGAACAAAUAUCAAAAUCAGAUAUUUAUGGAAGGACUUGUGUUUGUUUGAUGGAUGCUUUACUUUGAAUGGCAACAAAUGCACCGACUGAGUCAACGCCAUAUCUUGUAUUUAAAAGCCGGCGUAUGGUAACAAAGCUGCUUUUGAAGCGAAACAUUUUUUUACCGACAAAAUCUCAAAAGUAUUUUUGCAAAUGUAUUUAUUCCACACGUAUUUUGACACUUCACUCUGUUGUGUUUACAACACAGGCUUCCUUUUCACUUCCACUUUUUUUUUCCCCUUCCACGCUCGCCGCCACCCGAGCUCAUUCGUCCCGAAGCGGGACUCCAAUUUCCUCGGACGUGCCUCCGCUCAAUGUCACUUUUAAAGCCAGCGGGGGGCCGCGUGUGCCGUUCGAGGAGCACAAUGGCCCGCUUGUGUUCCUCUUUUUGUUGUGUGUGGACUUGUAAAAACAGAUGCGCAUCAAAAGAAACGCAAACGCUGAAAGGGUUUUCUGGUUUGAAUAAACGUUCUUGCAAA